AUGGGCAUCUCUGGCCUCCUGCCCCUUCUCAAGGAUAUACAAACCAACAAGAAACUCUCCGAGUUCCGUGGUCAAACUCUCGCCGUAGACGGCUAUGUGUGGCUCCACCGAGGCUCGUAUGGAUGCGCGCCGGAGCUCACGACAGGGAAACCUACCACCAAAUACGUGGAAUACGCAAUGCACCGCGUGCGACUACUCCGCCACCACGGCAUAACGCCGUACCUCGUCUUUGACGGGGGCCCGCUCCCGGCCAAGCAGGGCACCGAGGCCGAGCGCAAGCAGCGGCGGGACGAGAACCUCGCACGCGCGAACGCGCUCGCCGCACAGGGCAAGCACAGUCAGGCGCGCGAGUACUAUGUCAAGUGUGUGGACGUGACGCCGCAAAUGGCAUAUCAGCUCAUCAAGGCUCUCCGGGCAGAGGGUGUGCCGUACGUCGUGGCGCCGUACGAAGCCGACGCGCAGCUGGCGUACCUGGAGCGGAUCGGGGCCGUCGACGGAAUUAUCACAGAGGACUCGGACCUGCUGGUAUUUGGGUGCAAGAACGUGCUUUUCAAGCUCGAUCACGCUGCGAGCACCGUCACAUGCAUCGCUCGCAAAGACUUCGCAGCCAUCGCGUCGACCGCCGCCGGUGGGCUCUCGCUCGUUGGCUGGUCCGACGCGCAAUUCCGGACGAUGGCGAUCCUGAGCGGGUGCGACUACCUGCCCAGCAUCCCCGGGAUCGGACUCAAGACGGCGUGGACGCUCCUCCGGAAGCACAAGACCGUGGAGAACACGCUGAGCGCACUCCGCCUGGAGGGCAAGAAGAAGAUCCCGCAGGGCUACCUCGACGCGUUCCGGCUCGCGGAGAAGGUGUUCCUGCACCAGCGCGUGUACGACCCCGCGCAGGGCUGCCUCGUCCACCUCACGCCGCUGCCUGGUGAUGCGCCAUGGGGCCCGGAGGAGGAGGCGUACGUCGGAGCGUGA